CGCGUCAUGUUUACGAUCUCCGCGUCCUCCACCGCCGCGCGACCGACCGUGGUCGCGCACCGUCGCGCGAAUAAGACGCGCGCGAAGCGUUCCGUCGUCGUGCACGGCGCCAAGUCCAACCCGGUGUCCAGCGGUUACGCCGCGGCGCUCGUCGACGCGUGCAAGUCCUCCGGCGCGCUCGAACAAGUGCACGCCGAUAUGGAGACGCUCGACGCGUACGUCAAGGCGAACGCCAGCGUUGCGGGCUUCUUGGCCAACCCGACCAUCGUCGCGGAAAAGAAGAAGGAUGUUUUGGCGAAGCUCGGCAAGGAGGCUGGCUUCCACGCGUUCACGGGCAACUUCUUGAACUUGUUGGUGGACAAGAGACGUGAAAACCAAAUCGAGGCCAUCAUCGCCGAGUUUGAAACUUUGUUCUGCGAGGCGACGGACACGCAAGUCGCGACGGUGACUUCCGCGGUCAAGCUCGAAAACGAGCAACAAUUCAUGAUUGCGAAGAAGUUGCAAGAGAUGACGGGCGCCAAGAACAUCAAGCUCAAGCCGGAAGUCGACGAGUCUCUCCUCGGCGGCUUCGUCGUGCAAUACGGCAAGGAUGGCUCCGGCUUCAUCGACAUGUCCGUCAGAGGACAAGUGGAUAAGCUCGCCAGUGUGUUCGUGAACUAAGCGAAUACGUCGUCGAUUUGCCGCAUAGCCGAAAGUAGAACCGCCGGACAAGUUCCGCCGCUGAUUUAAUUUCAAUUCAAUUGAGUCACCUC